AUGGUCCGGUGGUCACAAGCCACCUGGGUGUCAGCACCUUAUGCGAUUCUGUUAUGGGCCUCGGUGGUGACCAUUAUCAACUACCGUGCCAGUUCCAUUGCAUCGCAUGAGAUUCGCCGCGGUGUCAUUGACAACCUGGAGGCCAUUGAAGCGUUGCCGACCCGCGGCAUGGCUCCGGCGGAGGUACAGGUUGGCAAGGCUCUGGGAGACCAGCAGGGUGGCAGCUCGUGUUCCUGUACAUGUGGGAUCUUUCGCACAGAAUUGUGUGACACCUCGCGGCCGGAGCGGCUCCAUGACUUUCAAGGCACGAUGUCCUUGGGACACGUCGCCGAGCUGCGUGCUCAAGCGGCGUAUUUCCAGGAUGUGCACGCGACAUGGGGGCUAGGCUUGGGUGAUCCCAAGCGAUCGAUUCUCCACGCACGUGUGGGCAAUGUGAGCUGGAGUGGCUUGAAGUCAGACCCUCAGAACCUCAGUCUUGCGGAUGGAUGA